CAAAUGAUUAAUUAUAACAUCUAAAUUAUAAAAUUAUUAUAUUUAAAAUAGUUAUAUAAACAUUUAAGUAUAUGAUUAAUGUUAAAAAAAUAUCACUAAUGUUUUAAAAUAAUAAUUUAUGUAUAAAAGAAGUAAAAAUAAACACCCGCGCGGUUGCGCGGGUCAAAAUCUAGUUCUAUUAAUUAUAACAAGCACACAUUGUCUUAUAUAGUUCGAUAUUAUAAGUGUUGUUAACGCAGACAUAUAUAUUUGUAUUUAUCAAAUCACUAUCAAAUAUAUAAAAUCAUAUGUUAUAUUUUAUCCGAGAUUAUAGUAAUUAAUCAAACUACGUACUAGGUCAGUAGUAGAUAUGUAAUCAAUUUAUAAUAAUAAUUACACAUAAUAUUUUUGGGAUAAAUAAUUUUCUAUUUAUCAAAAACUUGAAAAGUCGUAUCAUCUGAAACAUAACGUGUUAUAUAUUAUGUAGAAUGUUUAUUCAAGAAAUUGUUUAGGUGUCUACAUCUACUUUUUAUAUAUUAGAUAUAUAUAUAUAUAUAUGUGUGUGUGUGCAUAUUGCAGAAAGCAUGACCAUUAUAACUCAUUACCUUUUUUGUUUUGAAACUAUAUGGUUUCUAUAUAAAAUAACAAGGAAAAUAGCAUUUCACCAUAAUGCUCUUUAUAUAGAAUAAUGCGUCACACAUAAAAUUACUUAUAAAAUCUAAGUAUUUAAAAAAAAAAUUUAAAGUAUAAUACAUACGAAACAAAAAUAUAGAAUAUGUGAAGUUACCAAAUUAUAUAUAUAUAUACAUAAUAGAAGUUAAAUACAAUUAGAGGUUUUUUUUUUAUAGAUAUAUACUGUAUUGUCCAAAAAGUCAAUUAAUAUCGAAUCCUACUUUUGACAUUUGACUUAAAUAUACAUGGUAUCCCUGUUCUAAAACUCGCUAGAACAAUUCGGCAGCUGGAAACUCAUUCCACGGUAAAUAGCCGUGACGAUUUCGAAUGUAAUUCUGAUGUAUUAUUCGGAAACUCUAUUUUAUUAGCUUUUAAUAUCCAAAUUUGUUUUUUAGUAGAUAUAUCAUUAGAUGUGGUUGAAAAAUCAUGAAAAAGCAAUUAAAACAAAACUGAAAGAAAAAAAAGCCACAUAUGUGAAAUUGGGUUGCAGACAGAAACCCUGCCCCCAUAACUCGAAAUUGGAUUUUCAGACCCAAAUAGAAUGGUAUGAACCACUAGGACAACUUGUACUUUUGGUUAUUAUCUUUCUUUUUUUGACAGCAAACAUUUACAGACUCAUGUAGACUCUGUAAACCAAUGUGGUAACUCGCGUCCAUGUGCACGACGAGGUUAUUAUCUACAUAUUUAGUUUAUAUACUUAUUAUUAGCUAAAAGACAAAUAAAAUUUUUUUGAGUACUCCCCGAUUUAUUUCCUAUUUCAUGAUAACUCGUUAGACACGUACUAAGUUUCCAAAGAGGACAUGGCAUUAUAUAUAUAUAUAUAUUCUAUUUUGUUUUAUAACAUAUAUGUAUCCUAAUUCAGAAGGAUAAUUUUGACUUUUAACUUGAAUAUACGUGGCAUUACGAUUAUAUAGGUUUGACCGUAUUGAUUGCAAUAAUUAAUUUUAAUAGAGAGAUUUGACCAGAAGUUUCUUAAUUAAUGAAUCAAGUUGUCAUUAUUAACUGAAUUUGAAAGUAUAUAUAUUGAUCUUUACCUUUAAACGAACCAUAGUUAUCAAUAUAGUUCUUUAAGUUCCCGUAGUUAUAAAUUAUUAUCCAGUCGUAGUAUUUGAUAUCUUUCUUUCUCCGAUUCCAAACUAAAAGCAAAAUCUCGAUUUCAUACUUAUUGUUUUUUUCAUAAAAAAAUACUUCAUAAUCAUCGUCUGAGUUGGUGUUAAAAUGGAUUACGCCUUCAAUAAUUUCAACAAAAAUUUCACCAGAAACGAAACUGAAAGUUCUCUUACUAAUGAUAAUUUAGCUUAUCUGCAAAAAGAUCAUAUUAAUUGUUUCAAUGAGUAUUUAGGUCAAUCUUCUGUGAAUGGUUGGUCUAAUUCAUCGAUUAUGACAAGUAAUUAUGAUUCUAAUCACCAAAGCCUGAUGUCGGUGAUGCCAAACCAAAAUUACAACCAUUUUGGUCGAAGUUUUGCUUGUACUCAAAAUCUCCCGACUUUCAACUCUCUCAUAACAGAAAUACCACCAAGAUACCCAUUUAUAGAUAUCGAUCUUCCGGCUUCGACGGAAGGCAACUUUAACACUGGGGCUUGGGAUCAGAGUGAAGAUACAAAUUUGAGAAAAUUAGUGGAGCUUUAUGGGACAAAAAACUGGAAAAAGAUCGCAAAUAUGCUUGGAACACGAAUAGGAAAACAAUGUAGAGAGAGGUGGCACAACCAUCUUCGUCAUGGCAUCAAGAAAAGCGCAUGGACUGAAGAAGAAGAUCGAAUAUUGGUUGAAGCCCACAAAGUUUUUGGCAACCAAUGGGCCAAGAUUGCCUUAAAACUCUGUGGAAGAACUGAAAAUGCUAUUAAGAAUCGCUGGAAUGGUACAAAACGUCGAAUGCACCAGAAGAGAAUGAAGCGAAGUGAUAAAAAUGCAAACCCACCCCAAAAUGUCAUCCUUGCAAGAUAUAUAAGACAUGUCACAAACAAGAAUGAAUCUCCUAACACCAAAGAAACAGAUUGCACCAAGGAUGAUAAGCAUGAAAAUGCUUUUGAUGGAGAGAUGGAUUUGAGUUUGGAUGUUACAACACAGACCAGAGAACCAUUGGCUAGCAUGUCCACAACAUCAUGCUCUGUUCCGGAGCCAGCUACAACAUUUUCAUGGGAUGAUUACUUUACAUAUAUUUGUGAAUCCAUGGAUGACAUUCAGAUGCUCAUGCAAGGAUUGGACUAAUUAACAAUGAUUAUAAUUUCUAUGUUCAUAAUAUUUCUUGUACAAUCUAAAGUGAUAUCUUCUAUGUAUAUAUAGUCUCUUUUUCUAUCUCUUUUUAUAUAUCUAUUUAAUUUUUGUUAUGUUAUGUUUUUUUUUUGAGAGAUCAACAAGUUUUCCAUCAUAUAUUUUCAAUAAUCAAGCAUUUACUUCUUAUAGUAAUCCCCUAUAUUAAUUGAGAAACAUAUUUUAAGUUGUAAAUUUUGAUUCAAUGCUUAGGUGUCAUCACCGCAUCUUUUUCCACAGUCCUUAUUAAAAAGACAUAACUUACUAGAACUAUUACAAGAAUACCAUUGUGGACCAUUCCUUUAUAAAGUUUUCGGGAAACAUAAUAAUUGUUUCCAUCGACAGAAUUAUUUUUGGAUUGAAACUGGUUUAUUAAUAGCAGAACCACUGUAUGUUCUAUUAAUUAUAACAAGAACACAUUGUUUUAUGGCCCGCGGGACAUAGAAUUACAAACGGACAUAUCUCUCCUAAACGCUUCAAGACAUGAUUCAUGACGUUUUAUCAGUUUCAUGACGCAUCACUAAGUGAGUUUAGUCGAGGAUUGAACUGGAUAAGUCAAUACACUAGUUGGUUGAAGAUUUUAGUUGGAUCAAAACACUAGAUUAUUUACUCUUAUUAGACUCCAAACAUUUUGAAAAUAAACAAUACUUUAGUUGAUGAAUCCAGAUAUUAUAACUCAUAAGUUCAUAACAAAUGCUUUAGUUUUCUGAAUCUAAAAUUAAAUAAAACCAACACCAAAUCAAAGAUGCUAAUCCUAAAAAUAAAUAAAAAGAAAACACCAAUCACAGUUCUUGUUCUUCAUCUUCAUCACCAACAAGCGAUAAAAAGAUGGAAAUUUCUUUUCUUCACCAUCAACUCCAUCUUCUGCAAUUAAGAAUAAUAGAAGUUAGUUAAAUAUAUAUUGAAACCUAAAAAUCCAAAAUGUAUGAUAAUGUGAACAAAUACAUAUAGGCAAAACUAUGAAGAACCCAUGGCGGGAACUAGAUCUUCUUCUUCGGUGGAAAGUGAGUUUUCAAACUUCUUAUGAUGACUCGAAGAAGCUCCACCGGUGCAGAUCGAAGGCUCUCUCUCUCUCUCUCUCUCUCUCUCUCUCUCUCUCUCUCUCUCUCUCUCUCUCUCUCUCUCAAAAUCUAAGGUCUACUGCAGAGAUUUUAGAAUCCAUCAACUUAAAACUUUAAAAUUUGAUAGAUUAUAAAAAAUUAAUAACUGAUUUGAAAUCAGAGAUUGAAUAACACCCCCUUUUUUAUGCAAAAUUAUAUUUUUAUGCAUUAUAUAGUUAGUUAUUUUGGUUGUUCCAAUUGAUGCAACUUAAUUAUUUUUCCUAAAUUGAUGCAACCUAAUUAUUUCUUAAUACCAAAAAAUAUAUGCGCUUCUCAAGCGCAGGUCAAAAUCUCGUUAUAAAUUAUAUUACAGCACGAAGAAAAUACCAUAAAAUAUACAAUAGCACAAAACAAGUGCCAGAACAAAAUUACCCAUAACAUAAUUAAUGCUACAAUACCUCUAUUUAUUAUAGCUCAUAAAAAACGCUAGAAUAGAAGGGGAGUCUACCGUAGCUGCGGCAGACCUAGUGUUUGUGAAAAUGCUACAAAAACUUUAUUGUAGUGUUUUCGGUGUGCUACUAAUACUGAUAUUUCUUGUGGUGAUGUGUACGCUUAUAAGAUCUAUAAAAAGACUAGUUCAAAAAAAAAGAUCUAUAGAAGGAGGUCAUAAUCAUCUUAUUCACUAAGUAUGUAGAAUCAUUAUUUCUCUUGUUAUAUUUGUGUAUAAUGUUUUUGAUAAGGUCCUGCAAGAUAUACUAUAUAUUAUAGUUUUAAACAUAACUAGAUUUUGACCCGCGCUUUGAAAGCGCGGGAUUAUCUUCUUGUUAACAAAUUUAAAACCGUUUGUAUGUUCUCAAUUUGAUUAGACCAGACGUUAGAUUUUUGAUUUCGUUCCAUAAUGUUUUUUGGUUUUCAGCAGUAUUUUGAAACCCGUCCGGAUCCGCGGUCAAACCGGUAAACCCUAUGAUCCGGCAUGUAAUUCCAUUUAGAUUUUUGAAAAAAAAAAUAUUAUUUAAAAACCGGUAAAAGUCGUUAAAACCCAGAAUCCAGCUACCUGUUGAACCAGUACGUAAUUGCUACUUAUUUUUUUUCUUAGAUUAUUUCAGUUACAUUAUUAGAAUCUGUUUUGUAUUCUAAUUAAAAUGUUAGAUUUUUUAGUUUAAAAAAAUA